AUGUUUAUUCAUGCUUUCUCACAUAUUAAUCAUGCAGACGAUGCCUGUUUUACUCCCGAUGGACAGACCGGAAUUUGUAUCUCGUAUGUAAACUGUGAUGUCAUUGUCCGCUUGCUGGUUCAAAACUCGCAGGUGCGUGACCCCAAUAUCGAGAGUUAUGUCCAGCAAAGUCUUUGUGGAAAUCGCGACCUACAAAUGGUUUGUUGUCCUGCACUACGAUUCUCAGCGCAAAUACCGGCUCCAACUACCACUGCCCCAACUACCUCAGGAUCAUUUUUCUACUUUUCGAGUGCACCAUCCAGUACUACCGUAGGUACCAUCAACACUAUCACAACUACAACAUUUGCUCCGCUGGCGGGGCAGUACCGUCUUCCGACCAACUCGCUGGACCGCUGCGGAAUGUCCAACGCAUCCCAUGCCCGCGUUGUUGGCGGAAUGGACGCCCAACUUGGCGCUUGGCCGUGGAUGGCCGCGUUAGGCUAUCGAUCUAGUAACUUCGACCUUACGACGGGUCCAAAAUUUCUAUGCGGUGGCACCCUGAUCACCGCCAAACACGUGGUCACAGCCGCCCAUUGCAUACAGAAUCUGCUCUACUUUGUACGACUGGGCGAGUACGAUAUCGCAUCUACGAACGACGGCGCCAACCCCGUUGAUAUCUACGUAGAAAAAACAAUUAUCCACGAGCAGUAUAACGAGAAAACCAUACAGAACGACAUAGCUAUGAUCUGGCUGCAGCAGACUGCACCACUCUCGGACAUGAUCAAGCCGAUCUGUUUGCCGAUCGAGGAGGCGAUCCGUUCGCGUGACCUAACCUAUUACUCACCGUUUGUGGCCGGUUGGGGAACGACCUCGUACCGGGGACCCACGGCCAAUCGUCUGCAGGAGGUGCAAGUGAUAGUGCUGCCCACGGAUCAAUGUGCGUUCAACUAUAAGCUCUACUUCCCGGAUCAGGUGUUUGACGAUAAGGUGCUGUGCGCCGGGUUUCCCCAAGGCGGAAAGGAUUCCUGCCAGGGUGACAGCGGUGGUCCGUUGAUGUUGCCUCAGCUCGCGGCCAACGGUCAGUACUACUACUACAACUUAAUCGGGAUAGUUUCGUACGGCUACGAAUGUGCCAAACCGGGCUUUCCAGGUGUGUACGUCAAGGUCGGUGCGUUCAUACCGUGGAUUCAAUCGAAAUUGAAUGUAUAAUGAGGAAGAUGUCAACUCGACGUCGUGAUGUCCGAGCGGAUGAGUAAUUCUGUUGCAGUCUAGAACAAAUCAAAGACUUCAAGUGAACUGUCAGCGAGCUACUUGUGUACUUUUAAUUCUGAAUGACUUCACUUUUUUCACGGAUCUAAAAUAAAGAAUUUUGUUUUUUUUAUCUUUCGUGACGUUGUUUUUGCUCCAGGUAGUUGUAAUUCACAACAAUUCAGCUUUUGGUUGGUUUAUAUUCACGGUUUUAAUUUGUUUUUGUUUCGUGCGCAAUUAAAGAGCAAUAAAAUCUACAGUAAGUAUCUGAUCAUGACGUCGCGACGUAUUUUUCAAACAUUGAGUACAUUACGCGUUUCCCAAUAUCGUGUGAUGUAUGUGAUAGCUCUUUUAUUUCGAAAUUUUUUGUUGUUAACAAAUUUGCACUCUUACUUUGCUGAUCCACAUUCAAAUCACCAAGACAAUCCAGAACUAGUAAGGUAAUGAAGACAUACAACCAGAGUUAAUUACUACUCUUAUGGAAUCAAUUUUAGCACCCAGCCCUCUCAAUCGGGAUCGUGAU